ACUUGCUAACUGCCAAGGAAUAUCACUGCUUACUGCAGCUGCUUUGCCCUGACUUUCCUGUGGAGCUUACUCAGAAAGCAGCAAGGAUUGUUUUAAUGGAUGAUGCUGUGGACUGUUUGAUGUCUUUUUCAGACUUCCUGUUUGCCUUCCAGAUCCAGUUUUACUACUCAGAGUUUAUUGAAAAUGUGGCUGCCAUCUAUCAAGAGCUCUUGACGGGUAAGAAUCCAAAUACUGUGAUUGUGCCCACGUCGUCUUCUGGGCAGCAUCGUUCACGUCAAGCUCUCAGUGAGUGCAGUCUGGUCGAUGGGGUGGAGGCAUCUGCAUUUUACCAGUGCCUUGAGUCUUUGUGUGACAAAUCCAAAUACAGCUACCCCCCAGCCACUGUUCUCAAGGAAAUUCUAAGCAGUGUACAGAGAUUGACUUUCUAUGGAUUUCUGAUGGCUCUUGCAAAGCAUCAUGGGAUCAACAAAGCUCUUGGAGCUCUCCCAGAGAAAGGAGACUUGCUGCUUGACCCAGUUAUGGAUCAGGAAUUAGAGAAACUGAUUGCACCAGUUUCUGGCCUUUCAGUUUCCAAUUCUGUCGGUGCUAGUGGGGAUGCAACAAACAUGCCUUCUCGUGCUUCUCCACGGAUCUGUUCCCUUUGGAGGCCUCUCCACCACCGUCGAAAAAUGGAUACCGAAAGCGAUGGCUCCACAGAAGAGACAGAUUCUUCAGAGAACUGAUAAAUACAGGAUUAGCAGGUCCUUAUAACAGAAGCAGUGUGAAGUUUAGGAAAAAGGGGAUGGAGACCAAUUCCAGUUGUAGGAUCAUACUGCUCUCUUGUGGCAAAUAUGUCAAAUUGAUUGAAAUAUGAGAACAUUUGUUUCAGUGUUAAGAAAUUAAUUCUCAGUAUGGAGUUUGCAUCACAAUCUUUUGAACUCUGUUGUACACACAAGAAUUUACCUUUUCUCCACAUAUGUACCCUUUAUUAGAUUCUCAAUAUUAAAGUAUUUCAUAAAAGUUCAGAUCAGACAGGAAAACACUUGGCUUUGAUGAAUGGGUAAUUUUUUUUCACUGUGGGUUCAGGAGAACAGAAAAAUAUUAUUCUGUAAACUUUAAGCUACCCGUGAACUGUAAUAUAUAGAAAAAUAAAGAACGUUGCACAAGGCAAGUAGAUCAACUGAGAUUUCUUGCAUCAAAAGUUAUAUUGUAAAAUGUAAUAACUAUCAUUUUCUAGAUGUCUUCUGGAAGGAAGUAAAAAGUAGUGUUGAAGAAUCACGACAAAGGACUUUUUCGCACUCCUGGGGAAGAGAACUAUGAUUGGUAUCCAGCUGAAACUAAAAGGCAAUAUUCCUUGCAGUCAAAAAAUAAAUAGCCACCAUAAUAUUACAGAAUGCUUCCAGACUUUAAAAAAAAUAAAACUAACACAAAUGGCAAACUUUAGCCUUAUUUUCACACUAGACCACUCUAAAUUGUUCAUCUUUCUUUAAAUCUAAUUUUCAUUCCUAGAGCU